CGCGUAAAGACAAUACACACUCUCUACUUGGCAACUCCAUUCAAAAUUACAACUAUUUGCCAACUUUAUUUUCCAAUUUCAAAUUCCAUACCUAACAACCUCAAUAAUCUUCCACCGCUAGUUUCUAUUCAUUAUUUGAAUAUUAUUUUCUGUUUCUUUGAAUCAUUAAUUUUCUAUUCAUUACUCUCUUUAUUUGUUAAUUUUGAUCAAACCACAUCUUGUGGUUCGAUCUCUGGCCAUUGAUAAACUUAUGCCGGAGAUUGAACAUGCCUCGGUCUCCGCCGCGGCCGAAAAUGUUCUUUUCGGCAAAUAUGAGCUCGGUAGACUACUCGGUUGCGGCGCUUUCGCCAAGGUUUAUCACGCAAGAAAUGUUUCGACCGGGCAAAGCGUGGCAAUUAAGGUCAUUAGCAAGAAGAAAAUAGCGAAUCCGACGCUAAUGUCGAACAUCAAGCGCGAAAUCUCGAUCAUGCGUCGUCUAAAUCAUCGCUAUAUCGUUAAAAUCUACGAGGUUUUGGCUUCGAAAACGAAGAUUUAUUGUAUAAUGGAGUUCGUAAAAGGAGGUGAAUUAUUCGCGAAAGUUUCGAAAGGUCGUUUUAGCGAAGAUCUCAGCCGUAAAUACUUUCAGCAGCUAAUAUCCGCCGUCGGUUAUUGUCACGCUAGAGGCGUUUUCCACCGCGAUUUGAAGCCGGAGAAUUUGCUGAUCGACGAAAACGGGAAUCUAAAAGUAUCCGAUUUUGGACUCAGCGCUGUGACCGAUCAGAUCCGAACCGACGGCCUGUUGCAUACUUUAUGUGGAACUCCGGCUUACGUUGCGCCGGAGAUUCUGUCGAAAAAAGGCUACGACGGUGCUAAGGUCGAUGUAUGGUCAUGUGGGGUGAUUCUGUUUGUCUUAACAGCUGGGUACUUGCCGUUUAACGAUCCGAAUCUGAUGAACAUGUACAAGAAAAUUUAUAAGGGUGAGUUUCGUUGUCCGCGAUGGAUUUCUAACGAUCUUAAACGGUUAUUGUCUCGGCUUUUAGAUAUAAAUCCGGCGACUAGAAUAACAAUCGACGGGAUCUUGAAAGAUCCGUGGUUUAAAAAAGGCGGGUUUAAAGAAAUCAAAUACUACGACGACGACGAUGAUGAUAGCGUUAAGCUUGAUAAAAAUCAGCCGGAUAUAACGUCGUUGAAUGCUUUCGAUAUAAUUUCGUUCUCGUCCGGUUUGGAUUUGAACGGAUUGUUUGACGACUCAUAUAAUUCCGUUGAUGACGGGGAGCGUUUUGUUUCGACCGAGUCGCCGGAGAAUUUGGUGGAGAAGAUUGAGGAGUUUGCUAAGACGGAGAGGCUUAGGGCAAAGAGGAGGAAGGAGUGGGCUUUUGAGAUUGAAGGGCAGAAUGGUAAUUUUGUUGCUGAGGUUGAGAUUUGUCUGUUAACGGAUAAUCUGGUGGUUGUUGAGGCUAGAAGGAACGGCGGCGAUGCUGGCUGUUUUAAGCAGAUGUGGAAGAAUAAGCUCAAGCCUGAGCUUUGCGCCGGAGAACAACUGCCGGAAAGUCAAGUUUCCGGUAACUGAUUUUUAAUACUUGUUAAUAUAAUUAAUAGCCUAGCUGGAGAAGAACUGAUGAUUCUGCAGGCAAGUGUUGUAAUAUUUUAUUUGUCUCUAAAAUAACCUUAUAAUUUUAAGAAAUUUUUAAAAACUUAAACUAAAAAAAAGUUAUAUGUUUGUAUAUGUGAUUUGCUGUGUUUGUAAUAAAAAAAAAAACCUUCGCCAAAGUGUUGGUGAUGGAGCGUAUGUAUUGUGGUUUGUUUACCCAAUUUUUGUUGUGAAGGAGAUUUACCAAUUUUUGGGGUUUUUUUUGUAUAUUUCUUUUUGUAAAUACACUAACAGUGAAAUGAAGGGUAAUAAAAUUUGAAAUUAUUUUACAGC